AUGGCGCGCUUCUACCGCUCGCGGCGGCAGUGGUGGAACUUGGCCUGCCCGACGUGCAGGUGCUCCUACGAGGGCCCGGCGGCAAUCCGCCUUGGCCAGGAGGGGCUCCGGGAGGCGGAGGAGGAGUUCGGCAGGGCGUCGCUGGAGGUGGGCGCGGUGCUGGCGAGCCUGGGCAGCGCGCACGGCGACGCGGGCGACGCCCGCGGGCACCGCGAGCUCCUGGAGCGGGCGCUGGGCAUCCAGGAGCGAGCGCUCGGCUCGGAGCACCCGGCCGUCGCCAUCACCCUGACGAGCCUGGCGGCGGCGCACGGCGACCUCGGCGACGCCGGCCGCCAGCGCGCCCUCCUGGAGCGCGCACUGGCGAUAGACGAGCGCGAGCACGGACCGGACCACCGCGAGGUGGCCGCAGCUCUGCAGAACUCGAGGGACAAAACAACGGCAUCGGCAUGA